AUGCCGCCACCAGCACUCGACCCAUCCAAGAAAAUCGACUUUUCAAAGUACUACUUCUACGGCACAGUCCUCAAUGUCCCGCCCAUCCUGCUCAUGUACCCCGUGAGGACUGUGCGUCUACUGCAGCAGCGCAAGUCCUCAGUCCCUGUGUCGUCCUCCAUCUACACAGUCCUCAAGGACGUCCACCAAAAGAACGGCUUCCGCGCCCUCUAUGCUGGUGCAACCGUCUUCAGUCUGGGUCUUACUACCACCAAGAUCCUACAGUUCGCGACGUACGACUAUCUUGCCCAAAAGACCAAGGAGAACGAUUACUUUAAGGUCGAUCUUCUCAGAGACCCCAAGGUUCUCAGCGGAGCACUCGGCACCUUCUCCGCAGUGGUCACCACGUUCUUCGCAGUGCCCUUUGACAUGAUCUCACAACAAAUCACAAUCGCCAAGGCUGGGGCUCAAGGAAAGGUCGUUCCCGCACCAGUUUCGACCACAGCUGCAUCGGUCGCUCCACCACUCGUGCCCGAGGCAGUCGUUGCAGGAUCAACAGCGUCAGCAACCAAAGCCCCCUUACACGUCCAAGGAUCAUUCGAACGUCUCCGCCCUGUGGAGAUGCCGAUCUCUGAAUCGCUAAAGCUGCAGUUCAAACAGGAGGGCUUCCGGUUUUUGUUCCGUGGAUAUGUCGCCACGCUCAUGUCCACCAUCCCAUUCUUUGCAGCGUACUUCCCUGCCUACGAAGUCACGAGAGUCUGGGUUAAGGAUGGCAUCCAGUACGUGCGCUCACUACAGUCGAACAGCGAGACUCCUUUCCCACCACCAGAGGUACAUCAAUUGAUCAUCUCCGCAGUCGCCGGAAGCAUGGCCGCGUUUGUCGGCGUCCUGAUCUCCUCACCCAGCGACAUGGUCAAGACACGUAUUCAGACGGAGCAGCGACUGCAGCCAACCAAUGGAUCGGGAGUCAAGCUGCCCUUGCCCUCGCUCAAGUGGAAGGAUGUCUUUAUGGAGAUCUGGAAGAACGAAGGGUUCAUGAAGUUCUUUGCAGGCACAAGGGCAAGGGCGAUCCUUUCUGUCCCCGGAGGCGCUCUCAACUUCGUCAUCUUUGAUUUCGUUCGAUCCAUCAGUGCUUCCAAGCAGACGUCCGCGUCCCUGUCGCAAGUUCCGUUAUCCGAAAGGAACAAGAAGGCCCUGUACUAG